CCCAGACUGAGCUGGACCUCCUCAUCUAGCUUGUGCAUGAGUGUCGCUCUGUCGCUAUCGAGUAGAUCUCCUCGAAGGACCGCUAGCUCAAUCUCUGGCGGCUCAUCUGGGUAUCUUUCGCCUAGCUUGACGAUGAGCGAGACAGCCAGCUCGGGCUCGCCAGAGGGGAGAUCAUCAGCUUCGACGGUGAUGCUCAGCUCCUUCUCGCUCGUGCCUGAGGGAACCUGUCAGCUCUCCCAUGGGAAGCACCAUGAGGCAUUCAUGACUUGCAUUGUAGUUCGUCGGGGAAGAUGGACUGAAGCGCUUCGAGCUCCUGUUGCCUCUCCUCGGCAUAGUCUGCUUGCCCAUCACUCAAUAAAUAGCAAGACGCCCAGCUAAGGGACAAAAUUCUGGCGCUCCCCCCUUGACAACAGCAAGUCGGCCCGAGUCCAGCGAGUGGACCGUCAUGGCGCCUCUGCCGACCAGCAAGAAGGAGCGCAAGGCGAGCAUGGUCAAGCGGGGCAAGCAGAGAGCAAGCGAGCCUGCACCAGGGGAGGAGGAAGAAGGGGAAGAGGACACCCUCCUCAUUCCAGCCAUGAGGAGCCAGUCAGUCGCACAUUCUGGCAGCAAGAGGAGGAAGCGGCAGACCACAGCAGCAGGCUUCGUUCCUCUGCCCUUCUCGCUGGCCAUGCCGCCCAUCUAUGCACUCUCUGACGAGCCGACGACGUCGAAGGAGCCCAUCAGGAUUGACGAUCCUGCGCCUCAUUGGAUCUUCAUUCGCCCUUCCAUGAGCCUGAAGGAUACACUAUCGGAGGAUGACCGUCAAGACGAAGGCAAGCUCGUCAGGAGUCGCAGCUUGCUCGUCUGCAACUUGCCUCUCUGCUCCACUCCUACCGAACUAUCUCGCGCGCUACAAUCGCUCUACCAGGCUCACGCGCAGCAGGCCGGCACGACACCUCGACACGCCUCUUCGCUCAUCAAGUCUGUCAACAUGGGACAAGAUAGAUACACUCGUUCAGGCUGGCCCAACGUACUGAACGAAGUCUAUGAUGCCUCGAUACCUCCUCUUUUCCAACUUGACGAUGAUCAAAGAGCUCGCAUCAGGCCCACCACAACGGCAGACGUCAUCUUCACCUCUCGUGAUGCUCUGGCAGACUUUCAUAAGCUCGCCUCAACCGUUGCUCUCGAUUCGACGGGUCAGCCUGUUGAGCUCGUACCUCAAUGGCCCGAUCUUGACGCUGACGGACCAAAGCAAGCCUGGGGACUACCCGCUCAUCAUCUCUUACGGCCUUCGUUCGAGAGCGUCAAGAAGCACACCGAUGCUUACAUGGUGCACUUUGAAUCUCGACCGACUUCGGCCAAGGCCGCCCCGGAAGCCGAAUCGUUUGUCGAUCCGGAGCUCGAGCAAGCCGAACCAGACGACGACGGUUGGACGACCGUAGUACGAGGAGGCAGACACGGUCGGUCAGCCGAUCUCAUUCCUACUGCCGCUCCACCUUUCUCGUCCAAGCAGAAAGCCGGCAAGACAUCACUGCAGGACGAAAAGGCGCGCUUGGAGAGACUCAAGAACCAGGCAUCAGGGUAUGCGAGCGGCAAGGCUUCCGUGGCUGUGGCCAGCAAGUCAUUCCAGGACAAGCUUCGCUACGACAUCAGUCUCUUGCCAGGUCAGCUCGGCAAGGAACCACCCCAAGAGCUCGCCAAGAAACCAAAGCGCACGGAGAAUUCGACAGGAUUCUAUCGCUUUGAGCGUGAUGCCAAUCGCAAGAGCAGCCUGCAGACACUGAGACAUCGCUUCGAUCGAGACAAGAGCAAAGUGGAAGCCAUGCGCAAAGACCGACGCUUCAGACCUUACUGACGUUGCGCGAGCGUUCACACGGGCAGGCACGGGAGCACUCGGAAGCGUCAUGUAUUGGAUGCAAUACUUUCAUAUUCGUGGGGAUUUAGUUUCUCAUUGUUUGCCUUGCGGGAUGUUGCGCAUCCCGGGUUUGAGCAUCGCUCAUGCUGUUAUGAGGCGAUCGAGUGGUGUUGUUUAGGCUCGCCCGGCAGUUCUACGUCUGCUCGUCCGAACCGUCGGGUUUGG